AUCAGCUGUGAGCCACUUUAUUCUCUUCGGUUAUUGUGGUUUCACAAUGACUCCAGUCCGUCGAUAUUUGCGAGGAAUGCAGUUCCUGCCUUGAUGAUAAGGCGCUGCUCCCGUUUUGCAGUGUCUCCGCCUCCAAGCAAUGUGCGGCUUGUGCGCAGUGUCAGAAUCUCAAAGCCAAUGUUUGCAAAUCUGCCUCAUUAGUUAAAAAAAAUUUAAGUUGAGUAUGAAUUAAGUACAAAUUAGUUAAACGAAAUUUUACUCAUUAGUUGACGUGCAUCCUUAUAGAAACUACAUUCUAGCAAGAAAUGGUCGAUAGUUUCUUCCACUCCGAAAAUCCCGCAUAAUGGCGAGUCUGACAUUGAAUAGCGAUGAAGGUAUGCUUUUACGGGCCAUAGAGACAAUCAGACAAAUGAAAAACGUGCAUAAAUGUAGAGCCCUGAUAUUUGUAGAGCGAUUUAUGAUAAUAAAACAUCCAUUUGAUGGAAUUCGACAGACUGAACGACGAAAAUUAUUAAUAAUCUUCAUUAUGUUUGAUUAUUUCUUAUCUUAUUUGAUAAUGGAGAUUAAAUACAGCAACCGCUUCGGUCGAUGUGAGUACAGUAGAAACCUCAUUAAUUUAUUCAUCUACGUAGGACGGAAAUUUGACUGUUCAUUGAUUGAAAUAUUAUUUUGUUAUCUAUAUUGCUACUCAAUUUAAUGCCACUGUUAUACAGAGUCCAAGAUGUUUUUAAACGUUCAUAAUAGACAUUGGUAAUAUGAACAAUAUGACAUGAUCGAAGAAAAUCCUGAUAUUUUUGUUGAUAAUUAUUAUUUAUUGUACACAGAUGCAGUCAUUUAGGACGUGUUGUCUGUAAUCAUAGGCUAUAGCCGUUUAACGUUUGUUUGCAUCCCAGUUGAGAAUCUUCGUUCGAUCGACAACGUAACUCGUUUGGUACCCGUUGCAUCUGCUUGUAUAAAUAAAGGUGCCAGAACGUCGUAGAGGAUCAUUGAAGCACUGUGCUUGGUGACGUGAACGUAGUGGUUGUGCUUGCAAAGCAAAGAAAGACUGUACAGGUUUUAGCAAAAAAAUUGAUAAGAUGGCUGAUUCAUCAUUACCACCCUGCCCUCAUUGCAAGAAGUCCUACGAUGAGAAAGACCACAAGCCUCUACUGCUUCCGUGUGGCCAUGUCUCCUGCCGAAGUUGUCUCUCUGCUUUGGAAGACCAAGACGAUAUGAAAUGUGGCGUGAAGAAGUGCAAGAAGUCUUGCUCUGAAAAUAUCUCGGAUUUACUUACGGUGUACGAUCUAAUUCCGGCGAACUCAGGUGCCUCGGGAGAUGCCAGGACUGGGCGGGACGUGGUUCCUCUUGAAACAAGUUCGGGUGGACCCAUACCUACUGGGAGAGAAGUCGUUCCCAUGGAUUCGGAUGACACUGAAUCGGUUUCUGGAUCCUCGGUUUCGACGAGUAACUCGACUGCCUCUGGAUUCCCUACUUGUGUCGUGUGCUCGGAUGACUACUGUGAAGUAAACCCACCUCGGCUGCUGACAUGUGGUCACGCUUUCUGUACCUUCUGCCUCAAAGAUCUUGAGAAAAACAAUAGCUACGCAUGCCCGCAGUGCCGCAAAGUUCGCAACAAAGGAAGUUGCUCUAAACUUCCCGUUGUUCUGACGCUGAUCGAUCCGAAAAAUGCGAAAAAUAAAGUCUCACCCAGGGACCCACCUACUAAAGUCCUGGAAAAAGUUGAACGCUUGCAACAGGAUAAAAUGCGACGCCCGUCAACUUCAAUUAAUUCUAACACAAAAACUAUUGAAGUACAUGUUCAAGACCUCCGUGGACAGACGCAUACGUUCAACGUGGACCCAAGGACGGAGACUGUGCUGAGGUUGCGGGAGCGCAUGUCAAAUCGUCCGGACGAUUGUCGCUACCUGACGUUCGAAAAUCGUACCCUGGAGAACCAACGCCUGUUGGCGGAAUACAACCUUCGUCCGCACUGCACGAUCCAUGAACGGGGGCGUUUGUCGGGUGGAUGCUAUUAAAUAAAGAAAGCGUAUUGUUGUGAAAGCGUAUUGAUUGUUGUGGGUGAGAACCGACUAUUCGGUAGUACCAACAAGGAAAGUUCCAAGGUUCUUGACGGAUUGGCUACUAACUAAAAGUUUUUUUUAUAAGAAAGAAGUGCGGUUGACCGUCCCAAGUGGAUAACCUAUUGCAUUUAACUGUUAAAUUGAGAGUCAGCAGAGAAAGCCAUGUAAUCCAUGUAAUCCAUGUAAAGCCAUGUAAUCCGUGUAAAGCCAUGUAAUUCAUGUAAAGCCAUGUAAUCCAUGUAAAGCCAUGUAAUCCAUGUAAAGCCAUUUAAUCCAUGUAAAGCCAUGUAAUCCAUGUAAAGCCAUGUAAUCCAUGUAAAGCCAUGUAAUCCAUGUAAAGCCAUGUAAUCCAUGUAAAGCCAUUUAAUCCAUGUAAAGCCAUAUAAUCCAUGUAAAGCCAUGUAAU